AUGCUCGCUAGCUUCAACCUGUUGCAUUCACUCUGUGUAAUGGAAGAUCCAUCGUUUUUUGAUCGGAUGAUCAGUCAUCUCCGUUCAAGUUGCAAGUACUACACUGGUUAUCCCAAGGAUCUUGGACCAUCCAGGGUGGUUCAUUUUACCUCUGAGCGAGAGUUUGUCACACUCCUUCAUGAAGGUUUUCCUGUGGUUGUUGCAUUCACUAUCAGGGGGAAUUACACACGGCAUCUUGACAAAGUAUUAGAAGAAGCUGCUGUUGAGUUUUAUCCUCAUGUAAAAUUUAUGCGUGUUGAAUGUCCGAAAUAUCCUGGAUUUUGUCUAACUCGGCAAAAAAAGGAGUAUCCAUUCAUUGAAAUAUUUCACAGUCCAACACAAGCAGCUAAUCAGGGAAAGGUAGCUGAUCCGAAUAUUAAUAAAUACAGUGUGAAAGUCUUGCCAUUCAACUACGAUUUAAGUGCUUAUGGAUUUAGAGAAUUCUUCAAGCGACAUGGUAUUCAGUCAUCAGAUUCAGAGUGA